ACUACCAUUUGCAUUAGAUAUAGCAACUUUGACCCCUAGAAAUUUUCAAACUCUCUACUGAUCUUUUUUCCUGCAGAAAUUUUUCUUGAUGGCAGAGGAAAUACAAGUGAAGAAAGAAGAUGAACUUACUCUCUCCCUCCCAAGAGAGAGGGGUUUGGCAUCCUCAAAUAUGUAUCUAUUUCAAGAAUUUUGGUGCCCAUCGAUUGUUAUGAAAGAUGUAAACAUUUUUCAGAAGCAGUUUCAAGCAAAAGAUAGUGAUAUUAUUGUUGCUAGUUUUCCAAAAUCAGGUACUACAUGGUUGAAAGCCAUUGCUUUUGCCAUUGUAAAUCGCCAAUGCUUCUCCAUUGAUAACCAUCCAUUGCUUACUUCCAAUCCUCAUCAACUUGUGCCUUUCAUUACAUUCAUGCAUCCUGCUGAUAGUCAUUUUCCAACAACUGAGCCAAGGCUUUUUGGAACUCACAUUCCAUUCCCUUCGUUGUCUAAGUCAAUCAUAGAGUCUAAUUGUAAGAUAAUAUAUAUUUGUAGGAACCCUUUUGACACUUUUAUUUCAGCCUGGAAUUACUUUAAUAAAAUAAAGCAACAUUCUUUAUCUGUACUAACAAUGGAGGAAGCUUUUGAAAUGUAUUGCAAUGGGAUAAUUGAGUUUGGUCCAUGGUGGAGUCAUAUGUUAGGUUACUGGAAGGAGAGCAUAGUUAGACCUAACAAAAUUCUGAUAUUAAAAUAUGAAGAUCUUAAAGAGAAUGUCAACUUGUAUGUGAAAAGAGUUGCAGAGUUUCUGGAUUUUCCUUUCACUCAAGAAGAAGAAAGCAAUGGAGUGAUCGAAAGCAUAAUCAGGUUAUGUAGUUUUGAGAAGAUGAAGGAUUUGGAAGUUAAUAAAUCUGGAAUCUCGUGCAAAAUCUUUGAGAAUAAGCACUUCUUUCGAAAAGCAGAAAUAGGAGACUGGGUAAAUUAUUUUUCUCCUUCAAUGACAGAAAAACUAUCCAAAAUCAUGGAAGAAAAAUUAAGUGGAUCUGGUUUAUCAUUUGAAAUAAUGCAUCCUUGAAAUUUCAAAGCAGUAAGCGACUACUACAAAUAAAUAGCUAUAUAUGUAUCGUGUGGCAGAAAUGUGACAUGUUUUGCUCUUGUUCCAGAAUCACUUGUAUGAAAAAGCUGUGUUGAAUUUGUUAGAAGGAUUCAGAAACUUAUCUAGAUCCGUAAAAUAUUUCUUAGAUAUGAUUGUUAUUUUCCUGCUCUCUUACUUUCUUUAACAUGUUCUUCUGUCAAUUUUCUUAUUUUGUUUAGAACUAGUUUUAAAUCUGUAUGUACACACACGGGUUGAUA